AACUCCCAGGGCGCACGGGACGCGGCGGCGGCGCGCGGCUGCCCGGACCCCGCGGGGGCGGCCCGGGCCGCAUGGAGCCCACGGAGAAGCAGCACCUGGUGGACACCAAGUCCGGAACCCGGUCUUACACGGGAUCUCUGUGGCAGGAGGGGACUGGCUGGAUCCCUCUGCCCUCACCUGGCCUGGACUUGCAGGCCAUUGAGUUAGUCGCUGAGAGUAACCAUUACUGUCAUGCCCAGAAGGGUCCUGCCAGUCACCUCGAGCCCAAGAAGGAGCGGGCCCGGCGACAGCUUUAUGUGGCCUCUGCCAUCUGCCUGGUGUUCAUGAUUGGGGAAAUCGUUGGUGGGUACCUAGCUCACAGCUUGGCAGUCAUGACCGACGCAGCCCACCUGCUCACCGAUUUUGCCAGCAUGCUCGUCAGUCUCUUUUCUCUCUGGAUGUCCUCCCGACCAGCCACCAAGACUAUGAACUUUGGCUGGCAGCGAGCUGAGAUCCUGGGAGCCCUGCUCUCUGUACUGUCCAUCUGGGUCGUGACUGGAGUGCUGGUGUUCCUGGCAGUGGAGCGGCUAAUCUCUGGGGACUAUGAGAUCGAAGGGGGGACCAUGCUGAUCACAUCGGGCUGUGCUGUGGCCGUGAAUAUCAUAAUGGGGUUGACUCUUCAUCAGUCUAGCCACGGGCACAGCCAUGACUCCAGCCAGCAGCAGGAGAACCCCAGUGUGCGAGCUGCAUUUAUCCAUGUGAUUGGAGACUUUCUGCAGAGUGUAGGCAUCUUGGUGGCAGCCUAUAUUUUGUACUUCAAGCCAGAGUACAAGUAUGUAGACCCCAUCUGCACCUUCCUCUUCUCCAUCCUGGUCUUGGGGACGACUUUGACCAUCCUGAGAGACGUGAUCGUGGUGCUGAUGGAAGGGACCCCCAAGGGUGUGGACUUCACGGCCGUUCGGGAUCUGCUACUGUCGGUCGAAGGGGUGGAAGCCUUGCACAGCCUGCACAUUUGGGCACUGACCGUGACCCAGCCUGUGCUGUCUGUCCAUAUCGCCAUCGCUCAGAAUGCAGAUGGCCAGGCUGUGCUGAAGGCAGCCAGCACCCGCCUACAGGGAAAGUUCCGCUUCCACACCAUCACCAUCCAGAUCGAAGACUACUCUGAGGACAUGAAGGACUGUCAGGAGUGCCAAGGCCCCUCCGACUGACUACUUGGCCAAGUGCUAGCUGAGGCUUGGACAGGACCUGCAGGUGGUGGGGCUAAGUGUCCCCCAGGCCCGGCUGUGUUAUAAAGCAGCUCCCUCUCCCGACCUCUGCUCUGUGUUCGGUGUGAAGGAACUGCCCCCUGCCUCCCCCAUCUGACUAUUGCCAGUUUAAGGCUGGAGACUCCGCAAGUGUAAAAAGCUGGUAUGACCCCGCUCCUGCAGCUUCUGGUGCCUGGCAGGGCUGGGUUUGGGCCUAAUCUUCAGCUAAUGCUUUCUUGCCACCAGCCUCAGGAAAGACAGUGAGGCCCAGUGACGGGUGGCCGAGGGGAGACUGGUUUCAGGGUCCCCUUGCCCACCUGCCCAAGUCCUCAUUUCAGUCUGCCUGGCUUGUACCUCAUGAAUCUAUGAAGAAGCCCUGGGACAGAGUUUCUCCCUCUGCCUAUAACAAUAUGGUUUAAGGAGUCCUUGGGGGUUGGGAGUUGUGAGGAUCUGCACUGUCCAACCUGUCCCCCUGAGAUGGGAAACCAGUGGGCACCCAAGGCCUGUCUGUGCCUUAGUCACUUCAGCUAUGAGCCACACAUUUCCCUUUCUUGGAGGGAGGAGGCUUGUCACCACCUAGCACCCAGCUGGUUUCUUCUUUCCUUAUUCCCCCAGCCCAGGAAACUUGUGCUGACACCAUGAUGCCUUUGCCACAGGUGGUGGGGGUGAGGGCAGAGAUUUUAGCUCGGGUCCUGCCCUAACGGGCCACACAGCCCCAGGCCCACUUCUCUUGCCCCGAUAGAGUCCCAGGGACCUCAGAAACUGAAAUCUGAUGUGAUUGGGCCAACUCUGCUGCCAAGUGUAGCUCGAUCUGCUCAAAACUUGAGGAUGGACGAUGAAGAGGAAUUGGUUGUACAAUGAAUGGGUGGGAGACGCUGGCUUCCUGAGGUGUAUGUAGAUUCCUGACUUAGGGGCAGCUUGUGUUUACGAGAUGAAGAGGGGAGACUUGUCCCUAGUCUCAGAGAAGGCAGCACAUCCACUCAUUAGGUAGCCCUGGUCUUUGCUAGCAAGUGUCCUUAGGUCUCAUCAGAGAAUGAGAGACCAAGGAUGAACCCACCUCACAGGGUUGUUGUGAGGACUGGAGCCAAAGCCUAUCAAGCUCCUGGUGUUGCUUGAA